AUGAAACAACGAUUUUCCUCUCUGGAUGUCAAGGUCAUCGCCCACGAGCUCUCGGCCAGCCUCGUUUCGUUGCGCGUAUCCAACAUCUACGACCUCUCCUCCAAGAUCCUCCUCUUCAAGUUCGCCAAGCCCGACAACAAGAAGCAGCUGCUGAUCGACUCCGGCUUCCGCUGCCAUCUGACCGACUUUGCUCGAACCACUGCUGCCGCCCCUUCCGUCUUCGUCCAGAAGCUGCGCAAGGUCCUGAAGACGAGGCGCUUGACUGCCGUGUCGCAGAUCGGGACCGACCGUAUCAUCGAGUUCCAGUUCAGCGAUGGCCAGUACAGACUAUAUCUCGAGUUCUUCGCCAGCGGCAACGUCAUCUUGACCGACAAUGAGCUCAAGAUUCUGACUCUGCUCCGCAAUGUGCCCGAGGGAGAGGGCCAGGAGCCGCAACGGCCCGGCUUGACUUAUUCUCUGGAGAACAGGCAGAACUAUGGCGGAGUACCAGACCUCACAAAGGAGAGGGUGCGCGCUGCGCUGAAGACUGUUGUUGAGAGAAGUGCGUCCGCCGCAGCCGCCGGCAAGAAGAUCAAGAAGAAGCCGGGCGACGAGCUGAGAAAGGGACUGGCAACCACCAUCACCGAGCUACCCCCGAUACUCGUCGACCACGCCAUGAAGACCACCGGAUUCGACUCCACGUCACAGCCCGCAGCCGUGCUAGAGAAUGAGGACUCGCUCGAUCACCUGUUGCGCGCUCUUGAGGAGGCACGCAAGAUUGUUGGAGACGCCACUAGCUCAGAAACAUGCAGAGGUUACAUUUUCGCCAAGAAGAGGCCCAACGCCUCUGGCGAGAACGCAGAGAAAGAGGAAGGCCAGGGCCAGCAUCGCGGAGUGUUGUACGAGGAUUUCCACCCCUUCGUACCUCUGCAAUUCAAGGAAGAUAAGGACUACUCCAUCCUGGACUUUGACAAUUACAACAAGAUGGUGGACGAGUUCUUCUCCUCGAUUGAGGGGCAGAAGCUGGAGUCGAAGCUGUCGGAGAGGGAAGCAGCCGCAAAACGGAAACUCGAGGCUGCCAAGGCAGACCAAGCCAAGAGGAUAGAAGGCUUGCAAGAAACCCAGCUCCUGAACAUGAGGAAGGCAGGUGCCAUAGAAGCAAAUGUCGAGCGAGUUGAGGAGGCUAUGGAUGCGGUCAACGGCCUGUUGGCCCAGGGCAUGGAUUGGGUCGACAUCAGCAAGCUCAUCGACAGGGAGCGUCGGCGCAACAACCCCGUCGCUGCCAUCAUUGCAUCACCUAUGAAGCUGUCAGAGAACACCAUCACCCUUCUCUUGGGAGAGGCCGAGGCUGAUGAGGAUGAGGACGAAGCCUACGAAACCGACGAGUCCGAGUCUGAUGACGACGCAGCAGAGUCGGUGCUUUCGAAACAAAACACGACUGACAAGAGAUUGAAAGUUGACAUAGACCUCGGGAUCUCGCCAUGGGCCAACGCGAGGCAAUAUUACGGAGAGAGGAAAACGGCUGCAGUCAAGGAGCAGAAGACGGCAGCACAGGCUGAGGUCGCCUUGAAAAGCGCCGCUGAGAAGAUAGCAGUCGAGCUCAAGAAAGGACUAAAACAGGAGAAGCCACUUCUACAACCCGUCAGGAGGCAGAUGUGGUUCGAGAAGUUUGUCUGGUUCAUCUCGUCAGACGGAUACCUCGUACUCGGUGGCAAGGAUGCUUCGCAGAACGAAAUACUCUACCGGCGAUACCUGAAAAAGGGCGACAUCUACGUACACGCCGAUCUUCAUGGGGCACCCAGUGUCAUCAUCAAGAACAACCCUCAAACACCAGAUGCGCCGAUUCCACCGUCCACGUUGUCACAAGCAGGUCAUCUGUCUGUAUGCGCAUCGUCCGCCUGGGACUCAAAAGCUGGCAUGUCCGCGUACUGGGUAGAUGCAGAUCAAGUGUCCAAAUCAGCACCGACCGGAGAGUUCCUGCCGACAGGAAGUUUCAUGAUCCGCGGCAAGAAGAAUUUCCUUCCCCCAGCGCAGCUCAUCCUCGGAUUUGGUAUCAUGUUCAAGAUCAGCGAAGAGAGCAAAGCCAAGCACGUGAAGCACAGACUGAAUCUGGAGUCAGGAGAACCUGCACCACUGUCAGCCGGCGAAUUGGGAGAGGCCACUGAGCGUGCUCAUGAGGACGAUGGUAGCGAUGCUGGCCACGAUUCUGACGGGGAAGAAGACAUUGCUGAUGAGCAAGAUAAGGACCAUCAACGGAGGGCAAAUCCAUUGCAAUCGGCGUCACAAGACGACCAAGACUUGGAUGGUAAGGAGGAGGAGGAAGAAGAAGAAGCAGCUGCUGCAGCAACAGAGAAAGUUGGCAAGCUUUCCGUGGACGACUCCGCUCCAGCUGACACCACUUCGACAAACGAAUCCGGCAAUGGCAACGACGAUGCAGGCCCGGAAGAUUCCGACGAAGAAGAUGACGAAGAAGCUGCGGCCGGUAAGGCGAAAGCCGAUGCAUCGUCUUCCUCGGCUGCAGCUUCUGGAAAAUCCACUCCCCAGCCCCAAGGCCAGAAGAAACAACAGCCAAAGCGUGGUCAGAGGGGCAAGGCAAAGAAGAUAGCUGCCAAAUACCGUGACCAGGAUGACGAUGACCGAGCUGCUAUCGAAGCCUUAAUCGGUGCAACUGCAGGCCAGAAGAAGGCGGAAGCAGAAGCGAAGGCGAAAGCUGAGCGUGAAGCUGCCCAGGCAGCUGCGAAGGAACGACGCAAAGCCCAGCACCAGAAGCAGCAACGUGAAACAGCCGAGCACGAAGAAGUUCGCAAGAUGAUGCUCGAGGAAGGUGUCGACAUGCUCGAUGCCGACGAAGCUGAGAAAACGACGCCGUUGGAUAGCCUGGUCGGCACGCCAAUGGUUGGGGACGAGAUAUUGGAGGCCAUCGUGGUUUGCGGGCCUUACAGUGCCAUAGGCAAACUGAAGUACAAAGUGAAGUUGCAGCCAGGCUCCCAAAAGAAGGGCAAGGCGGUCAAGGAGAUUUUGGAGGCGUGGAAGUACGCCUCGACGAAAAAGGGGGUCAUGGACGAGCAGAGCCAGCAGAAGGACCGAAUGUGGCCGCGAGAGGUGGAGCUGAUCAAGGCACUGAAGCCCGAGGAGAUCAACAACGUAGUCCCCGUCAAGCAGCUGAGGGUCAUGAUGGGAGGUGGUGCUGCGGGUGGCAGCGGUGGAGGGAACAAGACCAAAGGAAAGGGGGGCGGUGGCAGGGGCAAGAAGAAGUAG